AUGAGUGAAAUCCAACUGACUGGCUUUGGGGGACGGCCGGUAAACGUUCACACGGGCCUCUUCAUCAACAACGACUUCCAGCCCGCCGCGGGAGGCUCGGAGCUCCAGGUCGAGAACCCGACAACGGGCGCCCGCCUCGCCACAGUCUCGGCGGCCCAAAAGGAAGACGUAGACAGGGCCGUCGAAGCGGCCUCUGCCGCGUUCCGGGGCGCGUGGAGGGACGUGGGCCCCGCCGAGAGGGGAAAGCUGCUCAACCGCCUGGCCGACCUCGUCGAGCGCGACGCCGACGACCUCGCCAGCUUGGAGGCCCUCGAGGCGGGUGUCUUGUUCAAUGACUCCAAGGCGCUGCACAUUCCGCAGACCGCCGAGACGCUCCGGUAUUUUGCCGGCUGGGCGGACAAGAUCACCGGCCAGCUGCUGAGCAUCCCCCAGGGACAGGCGUUCACGAGGCGAGAGCCACUGGGUGUGUGCGCUGCUGUUGUCCCGUGGAAUGCACCGCUCAUGAUUACCAUUUGGAAGCUGGCUCCCGCAAUCGCCGCCGGCAACGUGCUCAUCAUCAAGACACCCGAGCUCACGCCCCUCUACGCCCAAAAACUAGCCAGCCUGAUCAAGGAGGCGGGCUUCCCGCCCGGCGUGGUCAACGUCCUCUGCGGCUACGGACACGUCGCCGGGCAGGCCCUGGCCGAGCACAACGGCGUCAAGAAGAUUUCCUUUACCGGCAGCGGCCCCGUCGGCCGGCAGAUUAUGAAGGCCGCCGCGGCGUCCAACCUGAAAAAGGUGACGCUGGAGCUGGGCGGCAAGGGCCCCUCGAUUGUCUUUGCCGACGCCGACGUGCCCAACGCGCUCUUCUGGACCGCGCUUGGCUUCACCGCCAACAACGGGCAGGUGUGCGCGGCGGGGUCGCGCAUCUACGUGCACGCCUCCAUCUACGACUCGUUCCUCCACGCGCUGGCCGAGCGGCUGGUGCAGUCGGCGCAGGGAGACCCGCUCGCCGAGGGGACGACAAAGGGCCCCGUGAUUAGCCAGCAGCAAAAGGACAAGAUUUUGGCGUAUAUCCGCCAGGCAAAGGAGUCUGGCAUUCGCGUGCUGGCCGAGACGGACGCCGCGCCCGAACAGGGCCAUUUUGUCGCCAGCACUGCCUUUGCCGACGUCCCUGAUGAUGCGCGCAUCAUGCAAGAGGAGAUUUUCGGACCAGUCGCCUCAAUUGCCAAAUUUACCUCGGAAGCAGAAGUCAUUGAAAAGGCCAACGCGACCGAGUACGGUCUCAGCGCGGCCGUCUUCACAAACAACGUCAGCCGCGCGCAGCGCGUCUCGUCGGCCCUGGAGAGCGGGCAGGUCACGGUCAACUGCUGGGGCAUGCUCCACGCCAACACGCCAUUUGGAGGCGUCAAGCAGUCUGGGUUCGGGCGGGACAUGGGCGAGGAGGCGCUGGACGGCUGGCUGACGACCAAGGUGGUCAAGUACUUUACGCUCCCGGCGGCAGAUGAGGAAAAGUAG